ACCUGUUGCUCUAUUUUGAGUCCUAUCAUUAAUUUAAGUUUAAUGAAUAAUUUUGCCAAACAAAGGUAAGAUGUUAUGUUUUUGUUGUCUGCAUUUUCACAGGAUCAGCUUUGCCAUUGACCUGCAACCCCACAUCAUCGGCUCCACCCUCACUGCCCAAACCCAAAGUCGUAAAAAAUAGCACAAACCGCACUCCAGCCAAGCCCCUGGGGCGCACCGCUGACAUUUGUAGUUCUGGGGACAACUACACCAGAGAUAGGUUCCGCCCCAGUGCCACAUGAGAUUUAGAGAAGGAGAAGAGGAGGCUACGGGGCAGGAGGAACCCAGACCCAGUCGUCCCAGGAACAUUUCCCUGGACCAGGGCCCAGAGGAGGAGAGGGACCGCUUCCAGGAGGUUUUGGAUGAGAUUGAGGAGAGGAAAGAGUUUCUGGAGGAGAUGACAGCCCUGGGGAAAGGGAAGCAGUAUCGCAACAUCAACACAGAGAUCUCACAGAAAAUCCGCGAGCUGGAGGUGAUUGACAAGGCCCGCAGUGCAGAGCUGAGGACCAUUAUGCCAGAGAAGAAGACUGAGUGACAGAGAGGAAUACUCAUCUACUGACUCUGCUGAAUGGAUCGACUAUACUGCUAAUACUCUCCUACAGAAAAUACACUGCUCAGGAAUUCUGAACUCAAACUUGGAUACUAGUCUUCAUUUGUGCAUAAUGCUUGUUCAAAUUAUGGCAUGGUAACAAAUGUUGCUGGGAAGAUCCUAAUGCAUCCUUGUCAAACUGUGAAAAAGCAUUGUACUGUACAUUAAAAUAAUA